CACUAGAUAGCACCCUGAGUGAGUAAUGUUUCGUCCGAAUGCUUGCUUUAGUUCCGGACUUUGUGGCGGGUCAAUAUGUAGGACUAAUUUAUUUUUCUCUAAAUGACAGCUUUUAAAGUAUUAAGUGGAAGGGAAACACACGAUUUUCUUACUUCAUUCCCGAGAUAGUCGAAUACGUUUUCCCUUAUAACCUAAAAGAGAGAAAAAGGGAAAUCAGAAUCCAGAGAUUGCGACGAGCGAAAUGACAGAGAACCAAAACAAUCUCCAAAAUCAUAAUAAGAUAAUAACACGAUAAAGAAAACACAACGAAGCCAAGGCCUCAAGACGAAAGAAAAUAUAUGUACGGCAAUAAUUAAACCCAAAACGAAGGAGCAGAAAAGCCGCAGGAGACAAAAAUCCUCUUAAUUACAAGCAUAUGAAAAUAGCAAGGCGCGAGGCGAGGAGCACGACGGUCGCGCUAUUUCUCUCUGUUUCUCCCUUCAUUUAUCACCAUUUGCGGCCAUUCCCCUCCAGCGGCCAGCCGAAUCCCCCGCGAGAUGUGAGGCCCAGCAGCUGACAAGAGCGAAGAGAAGGGAGAGUCUCAAGAGUUUCCGCAGCUUGGAACUAAAUUGAAAUCCGCAGAGGGAGAGACAUGUCGGGGCUAGCAGGGAGCUCAGCCAGUGGUGGGUAUCAAGGUUUCUCUGGGGUAGGAAUGGCCACGCCGCGACAGGGAAUGACUGAUCAUCCAUUGCAUGCGAUUGUGCGACAUGUGUUUGAGGAUGAGUUACGCAGCUAUAGAGGAAUAUAUCCUGAUGGCCAGUUCUUGGAUGGCAUCUGUAGUGAGUUGCCAGAUUACGGAAGUGUCCAGUAUUUAAUUCGACUCUGUCUUGAGAAUGAGGUACAACGUCAUUCUCAGAGCAAAGUUAUCCCCCCUUGGUCGCCCUGAGGGAAGACUGGGCCCGCACCGGGUUCAGUUUGACAGGAAGAACUUUGUCGGGACUUUCUCCUUCAAUAACGACCGGUUAGGACUCAACUCGCAGGACAAUUUUUCCACCAUUCGAGCCAACACUUGCAUUUUCAAAGGCAAAUGGCAGUACGAGCUCAUGCUUGGAACAAAGGGCGUCAUGCAAGUUGGAUGGGCUACUAACAACUGUCACUUCUCUCAGGAGAAAGGAGUUGGAGACACUCCAGAUUCAUAUGCCUAUGAUGGAAAUCGUCAAAGGAAGUGGAAUGUUGCUACUUACAAGUAUGGUGCUAUGUGGCAGUGUGGGGACAUCAUCUCCUGUACCAUGGAUCUUGAUGAUGGAGUUGUCUAUUUCUUCAGGAACGGGAAGCCUCUGGGUCCGGCUUUCAGUAACAUCAAGAUGGGAUCGGAGGUGGCCUACUUCCCUGCUGUGUCGCUGGCGCUCGGGGAGAGCCUGAGCAUCAACUUUGGUGCAACACCGUUCCGUUACCCCCAGACUGGGUUCCUCCCUCUUGAGGAGCCCCCCUCCAGCGACCUAGUCAAGGCUCGUCACUGCGUCAAGUUGCUCACACGCCUUGUGGAUCUCUCGAGCAACUGGAAUAAGUAUGAAAACCUGGUGAGAAUAGAAGAACAGUGGGGAAAGAUGCGCUGCAAGUCGUGUAUACUGAUCAUCGUCCAACACAUAUCUGCUCAUCUCGGGCCAUUGCUGGCUACCCCCUAUGUGGUUGAGGCCUGUCUUGUCCCCGCACUUGCAAAACUGUCAGGAGUCAAGCAGGAAAUCGAAAUGAUCUCUGGCACCUCAGGCACCACGGGGCUAAACCUGCAGAAAGCACAUACGCUCUUUGAUUUUCUGAUGGCAUCCUUGGAGAAUCACGAACUUCAAAAGUGCCUAGAAAACCUUAUUAUUUGCCUGCUUACGGGGCACAAGCAGGCAGCAGAAAGCAUUCACUUUGCAGGCCAGAAGUAUAACCUCCGCUUGCUGUACGUCCUUCUCUCUCACACACGCCUCAGGAAGUUUUGCCUCAGCAACAUUCUCUUUGAUAAAGUCAGAUUUCCCAGUUUUGUAAAUAUAAAGUGCAUUGAUGAGGAAGGGCUCAGUGAGGUCGUGCAGCAGGUAUGGUGGAGUUCCAAGGACGGCACUGUAACAGAUGGCAACAAGCAGGCCUAUGAUGCCGCCUGCAACAAGAUACGCAAAGCUGUUGAAGAGGUGGAAGAGAUCCAGGUGUCCAUUUUACGCUUAUUGCUCAUGGCCAACGACUACCCUACAUACCAGGAGAGCAGUAGGGCGCUCUUCUUGUCCAAAUUUAGAACUUUCCUGAAGGAACAUGCACCAGGCUCCAGGGCACCAAUCGUGGGGUACACGCCACUUCCCGUCAUUUUGUGCUUGUUCCAUCGCCUGCUGACCAUCUUCAAUGAACUCUGGAUGGCGGAGGUCCAGGAAAGCCCUGUUGUCAUCCCUCCAAGACUGUUUUAUAACGGCUCUGUCAAAUACUUCGAUACACAUAGGUUAGGGGGCCUGGAAUCUCACCUAAUGAAAACACUCAACAAAGAGGUUGCCAGAGCCCUGAACCAGAACAGUAGUGAGACAUCGAAGGUUAUAAAUAAGAUUGAUGAAGCAACUGCAGGUGCUAGUGCCGUGGUGGAUGUUGACAUGUGCCAUAAUGAACCAUCAACGUCAGGAGCCAUGCUUGGAAACCCCAUGAUGUCUGGAGACAGUGCUGUUGAAGGGCACAUUCAGCACGUGAACGUUACCACAGGGGACAUAGAGGACAAGCCAGGACAGCAAGGCAAUGCGAAAAUGAUUCGGGAUUCCCUGCUCCACCUCCUAGAUGGAAUUAUCCUCUUAUACCACAUUGGGGCCCACAAGCAACUAGGGAAGGUGGCUGCCCAAAGGGACUCUAUGAACGAGAAUGUGAUGCAUGUUUUGGAAAUUGACAAGAAGAUGCAGUACUGUAGGGAAAAGGGUCUAAACCCAAGCCUAUUAGAAGAACUUCAAGGCUCAAGGAUGGUUUUCAUCACAAAGUUAGAGGAGCAAGCGAGGCAGCAGGCAUGGGUGCUGGCUGCGAUCCACAACGAAGAGAAACACAAUCACCUCAUUUUCGUGAUGAAGGUCAUUCUUUCCACACUUCAGGAAUCUUCAAGAGAAGGAGAGUUGUUUGGCUUCGUGCCAGACUUUUAUGUCGAGAGUUUGACGGAAAUGUGCACUGCGCUACGACUCUAUUUCAGCGCUCCCCCAGAGAGCAUACCCGGAUCUCAAGCUCUUCUGACAAGUGUAGGAGAGUUCCUUGCUCUGCACUUCUGCGACUCGCGCAUUGUGUAUGCAGAUAGCAAAGACUCGCUCAUUCAAGCUCUGGCAGGCUUUGUAUGUCACCAGACGACCCUCACAGCCUUAGAGAUGAUGCCUCUGGAAAGCCGACGACAAAUGGUGCGCAACCUCCUACAGCCUUAUGAAAACCGGGCUUGGGCCCAGAAUAACUGGAUCCUGGUGCGCUUCUGGAAGGGCUGCGGCUUUGGCUUCCGCUACACUAAGAGCCCCCACAUGACGAACAAGUUUGGGCCGAAACCUGCCCAUUCUGACAACCCCAACUUCACCCAAGCCACAGCGCCAUGUCCCUCUGCGACCUUCCAACGGCACAUAGUGGAGGUGCUUGAAGGGUCACUUGACAUGGCUACACCUUUCCUAAACUCCCUGAUCAACCAGCUGAAUUGGGCCUUUUCUGAAUUCAUCGGCAUGUUGCAAGAGAUUCAAAAUGCUUCAAACCGUCCCGAGAGAGUAUUCAUUGACUCACGACAGCUUCGCAUUUGCGCAACAUGCUUUGAUUUGGCUUUAGCCCUCUUGCGAGUGCUGGAGAUGAUCGUCAACAUUUCCCCCGAGCUGUUCACCGACUUUUCUAAACCUAAUGCAGAACCUCUCCUAACUAGGUUGUUGCAGCUGCUGUGCCAGGUCCUGAAUCGCGUGACGGGCUGGUCUGGCUGCUUUGCCCACGUGGUGAGCCUGGAGAUCCCUGGUCUGGAGACAAUCCACCACUAUCCCAUCCUUACAGCCGUCACAGGGAUCUUGGUCACCCUCAUCAGCCAUGAUCUCACUCAAGCCAAUCCAAAACUGCAAGUAGCAACAAAAACCCUACUGAAUGAACCCAGCUUCCAGCUAAGUUCCAUGUAUCAACUCCUUGGAGGCCAGGAGGCGGUAAAAGCCAACUUGCCGCCUUCCUGUUCAAAAUCCACCUCAGCAAGAUCAGCUGAGAGGUCUUUAGAAGACUCAGGGAGCGACAUGGAUUUCAUUGUGAUAUCUUCAGCUGCACAAGGAUCGGCUUCUCAAACCACAAGUAACAGCAAUGCCAAUAACAAAUUUUCCCUCAGAAAUUACCCAGAAGAUGUGACAAACUCAGAGAUCGACAAGGUGGAAAAGGUUAUCAUGCACUUGGAGUCAUGUGUGGAGAACCGCAGUGAGCCAGCGGCUGGGGACGAUGAAGAUUCCUUAUGCACUAUAUGCUAUGCCUACACAGCUGUGGCAGUAUUUGAACCUUGCACCCAUUCGUCCUGCAGGGCUUGUGUCACUCAUCACCUAAUGAAUCGGACAGACUGCUUCUUCUGCAAAACUACCAUCCAGGCAGUUAGAGACCAGAGCACAGGCACGGUAGUUUAUCAGGCCCCCACUUCUGAAACAUCAGCAGACCAGAAGCCAAAAUAGCCAUCCCUACAAGUGUCAGAGAAGGCACUUAGUAUUUCAUAACAAGGGACUGUUAAGAUCCAAGAUACACUAUGCUAGCAAAUGUGGUGAGAUGCCUGAGAUAAUCCACUCUUCUGCACCUCAAGUGAAGUCAUGGUGUUCCGAAGAUGGCCAAGGUCAAUGUACUUAUUUUGAUUCUGUAAUGUCAUGUCCAGUUACUUCCGAGUUAGUAACAUGACUCAUACUUAACGGUAACUGUGAUAUGCACGAUAUAUAUAUCUAUAUAUAAAAUUCCCAAAGCUUAAAAACUAGGCAGAGAUUGCCAUCAUAUGAAAGCGCCUCAAUGGAGUGGGUCUGGAUUCAAGUAUCUGAGCCAAUCUCCUUUUUAUAGAGAGACAGCCAGUUUUGCCGAUGGCAGCCUUUGAAUACUGUGUAUUUGAGAGACUUGUAGUGGAACUAUGUCAUCAUGGAAAAUUAUUUUUACUGGACUAAUAGAUUGUGACACAUCUGAAUUUGGCUUGCCAUUGCAUCAAAUUAACUGAAUUGAACAUAAUGCAAUGCAUUUCCUAGUAUUCUAUUAUUGUAUAUUUUCAUUGUAUAUUAAUUAAUUGCAUUUACAAUGCAGUAGGGCAUUCAUUAUUCUGAUAUAAAGAAAUCUAUAAGAAAAAUGAUAUUAAUGAUAAAAUCUUCAUUUACCCAACUUUGGAAGAGAUUGGAAUGUAUAAAAUCUCUAGGUCCUUUUCAUUUCGAUAUAUAUUCUUGUACCUCAUAUAUGGUCAACAGAGUUUUAGACUGAUGUUGCACUUUGUGCUAAAUCCCAGAUAUCAAGAAAAGAUACCGGAAUCUUAAUUUUAUUUGAUUGUGAAGUUGAUUGCCAUGACAUAUUUUAUUUCAUUCUAUUUUAUUUUAUGUUAUGUUGUUGAAUGAAAGAAUAAUAGUUUUUAUUUG